UAAUCUGUCAUUAGAGCUCAGGGAAGUCGUCCUGACACUGACUUCGCUCCAGCAGCUUCUGUGUGGGUCUUUAGUAGAUUUCCACUGCAGCUGGCCCUUUAACAGGCGCCUCUUGGCAUUGAUGCUUGAAAAAAAUGUGAAUGAAAUCCAGCCAUUCAUAAAAAUAGGACACUGCGGCGCUGUGAUUGGCCAAACCGAGACUCAUGCAUAAUUCAUUAGCUCCAUAGAAACCAUUGGCUGUUUUGCUUAACAGACAGGGUCGACCAACCAAUUGGCGCGUGACUCUGCGUGCCGCUCGAGCCCAGGGGAAAAACCGAGCGGGCCAUUAACGAAAAGCUCAGUCAAGUUUUGUGGGUCGAAGGACGCGCAUCAGUUUAUCCGUACGCAGAGACUACGCGGCUGUCUACACGCUGUUUUUUUUCAUUUGUGGAUAUUUCUGCCGCAUUCUGUCCACAUAAAGGAGGGCUACACUCAGACACGUGACCCAGGCACUGUCGCUUUAAAGCGAACACCCCCCUCCCCUUCCCCCCAACAUUGGUACCCCCCACCCCCAUCCCACCCCUCGAUCACCCAGAUAACAUGGACGGAUUCUAUGACCAGCAAGUCCCAUUUAUGGUCCCACCCAGUCACAAGUCUCACGUGGCGGAACCGUCUCACAGCAGGCCUCUGAACGACAGGAAGAGGAAGUUUGUUGACACAGAGCUCGCCCAGGACACAGAAGAACUCUUCCAAGACCUCAGUCAGCUGCAGGAGAUCUGGAUUGCUGAAGCCCAGGUGCCCGACGAUGAACAGUUUGUCCCAGAUUUCCAGUCGGACAGCUUGAUGUUUCAUGGACCGCCACCAGCCAAGAUCAAACGAGAGCUGACUCCCUCCAAAGAGCUGUCUCCCUGUCGCCAGGACAGGAGUCCCAUGCCCUACGGAGAGAAGUGCCUUUACAGCUACAGUGCCUGUGACAGGAAGCCCACUCCCGGGUUCAAGCCAUUAACUCCCCCGUCAACGCCGGUCUCUCCUUGCGGCCCCACCAGCACAGCGGGAACGCACCCACUGAGUGAGCAGACCCCACCCCCCCACACCCACGUAGCCAGUCAGACUCCGGGGCCCCGUCCAGUGCACGUACAGCAGCCCAUAGCGGCGAGCGCGGGAUCUCCCAACCAGCAAGCACUCCCGGUCCACAGCCCGCCAUUCGCCGUGCCCUGCGCGCCCAUCAACCAGGAUGCCAGCAACUUCACGCCUGAGCACAGGUUCCAGAGGCAGAUGUCAGAGCCAUGUCUACCUUUCCCCCCAUCAGAGAGUCAGGGGCGCCCCCAGUUCUUGCCCCAGCCCACUAGCAGCAGCAACAACAACAGCCUGCCACGUGACAGUCGGCCACCAUACCACCGGCAGAUGUCGGAGCCGCUGGUAGCCGUGCCUCCCCAGGGUUUCAAGCAAGAGCUCAUCGACCCACGAUACACAGAGCAGGGCGUCCCCACCAUGGGCCCCCCAGGUCCACCCCAGGGCCCUCAACGUCAGGCUGCUUUCCACCCCAUGGCCAUCAAGCAGGAGCCUCGUGACUUCUGCUUUGAUUCUGAAGUGCCUAACUGUCAGUCAUCGUUUGGGAGAGCGGGGAGCUUCUACCAAAAUAACCAUGAAAGCUUCUCCUUUGACAGAGAUACUCAGCUGUACUUUGAUGACACCUGUGUGGUCCCUGAAAGAUUAGAAGGUAAAGUAAAACAGGAACCCUCUGUCUAUCGUGAUGGACCGCCCUACCAGCGCCGGGGCUCCCUGCAGCUCUGGCAGUUCCUGGUCACGUUACUGGAUGAUCCGGCCAAUGGCCACUUCAUAGCCUGGACUGGUCGUGGCAUGGAGUUCAAGCUCAUUGAGCCCGAAGAGGUGGCUCGUCGCUGGGGCAUCCAGAAGAACAGACCAGCCAUGAACUAUGACAAGCUGAGUCGCUCGCUGCGUUACUACUACGAGAAAGGCAUCAUGCAGAAGGUAAAGGUGGCCGGUGAGAGGUAUGUGUACAAGUUUGUGUGCGACCCCGAGGCUCUCUUCUCCAUGGCCUUCCCUGACAACCAGAGGCCCAACCUAAAGGUGGACCCAGACAGCCUGCCCGGGCUGGACGAUGACACCGUGCCCCUCACCCACUACGAUGAAAGCGCACCCUACCUGCUGGAUGCCGGGGAGCAGUGCGUGGCAGGCUUGCCCUUCCCGGAUGGCUACAGCUACUAAGAAGACGCAGGGUCCCGACGCACGACACACACAUGUUAACACGCAAACACUCCCAAAAGUCUGUCGACACCCACUCUUAAAAAUCCCGAGCUGGAACUGCUGAGCUGCUUGGAAGAGGAAACUCAGGCGCCCGGCUCCUUCAUGGUUCCCCCUCCUGCUCCCUGGAAAAACCUUCAGAGAACUCUGUAAGCUCCCUAAGCUGAGAAAGAAUGAGGGGGAGAGAGAGAGAGAGAGAGAGAGAGAGAGUGAGAGAGAGAUAGAGGGUCAGCAAUGGGUGAACUGGAAUCGGUCGCUCUGCCCACCUUACGAGCUUCUAAAAGUAAGGCUGCUGUUGCUAUGGAGACCAAACGAAGCAACACCAACUUUAAAAAGAAUGGACAGGACCUCCCCGCCCCGCCGCCCACCCCUCCUUUGUACAAGACUGAAAGAGUUGUUACAUUUCUGAGUUUGUGACAAUCUGCUUUUCUUAAAAACAAUCAAAUAACCUUUAGAGUAAAAACAUAACAAUCUAAUGAGAGAAUUCUAAAUGCAGCACUAUUCUAUAGAUGCCUUUUUGGGUACCCCACCCCCACCCACACCCUACAUAUUCAUGUCACCACAUCUGAUCAACGAGAUCUGUGAAAGGGCUUUAAAUUGCAAAAGAAAACAAAAAACGGAUCGAUUAAACAAAAACACACGACACAUUCUUACGGAAGAGGAAGAAAAUGUCUUUUCUUUUUUCCCCUCAAAAUUCUAAGUGGUCAGAAUUUAGUUUGAGAAUUCUGAGAAUAAUGAUUCUUUUUUUUUUUUACUUUAAACUUGGAACUUAAAUAAAUUUUUCACGUGGCCAUAAUCCUCUUCCGUACAUUCUACACCCACACUAAUGAGUUAGUUUCCUGUAGAUAGGACUUGUUUGUUUUUUGAUAUGCCAGCUGUUUUGUUGAAACUUUUUUCAGACCCAGAACUCUCAGGUUUCUGGGGCGUUGCUGUAUUUCAGGCUAGUUGGUUGGGCUGCUCUCUCGUGUAAAUGUUCCUUUCUUUAACCAUUUCUACCCGCGUACGAGAUUGUAUCUGCUUCCCUUUAGAGACUGCACCCCGUGGUUGGAGCCCACAGUCUAUACAGUACACUCCUCAUGUCUGUUCAUCACUGCUGGGUCCUUUUUUUUUUCUUUUUCUUUUUCUUUUCUUUUAUUAAAUAUUGCUCAGUGAUUAGUACUCCCAUCUCCUCCAUUUUUUUUAAAGGGAUCCAUAACACGAGUACAUAAUUUUCCCAGAGGCAUUGAUGAUUCCUAAAAGCCUCAGAAGUUAUUAUGUAUGAUAGAUGGUCGCGUUUUGUUUCUCCGUUUCCUCGGCAGUGUACUAGUUUCUCUGAUGCACCAGUAUGGCAGGAGCAUCAGGACGUUGCAUGCAAAAAAAAAACAACAAAAAAAGAAGAAGACUGGUGACAUUUUGACACCUUCUUCUGGACACCUCUCUGCCAAUCACACGUUGUCAGCGGGAGACUUCUGCUUGUCUUUGCAUGGUGUAAUCAGUCCAGACUGUGUCCACUAACAUAUCGCUUUACCGUCUCUGGACAAAGAAGAUUUGUGAUAUUCUCUGCAUUCUUUUUGUGUUCAUUAUCUAUGUUUCUGAAUGGGGGCAAAGACAAACGUAUAUAAAGUAUAUAUUUUUGCUAUAAGGCUGCAUUUGUUUUGAUUUUAAUGUAUAAGCUGUAUAGAUCUGGCUCUAAUAGACAUGUACCUUUUUAAAAGCCAAUUAUGAUGCUACUACUGCAGACUGUUCCUUUAACAGGCCUCUGUGUGGGGUUGGAGAGUGGAUGAGGAGAGGUUGUGUGUGUCUGUGUGUGUGUGUGUCUGUGUGUGUGUGUGUGUAUGUAUGGAUAAAGGCCAGAGUUCCAGCUAAGGCCACAAUGAAGACACGCAUUAUAUCAUGGGAUCCACCCCGGGCCACAGUGGAUUGUCUGCACUUGUAUAGGCUUCAGUCCCCUCCCUUCACAAUGUGUUUCUUACACUGCUGAGUUUAUUAUAAUCUGUACUGGGUACAAUAAACGGUCCUUUAUGCUUCA